GUUAGUUCAAAGAUGUCUAGCUUAGUGAAGUUGCCUUCUUCAAUCAAUUUGAUACCCAAUGUGAAGAAGAUAUACACACUCCCGCUUUUGAAAUCCAUACCAAGAGGUAAACUACGGAGAAAUCCACAUGAUAGACCUAGAGUCCAAUCACCAAAAUUUCCUAAAAGGUAUUCCAAAUCGGCCAAUAUUUUGAUAAAGAAAAGGUCUAUACAAAAACUAGAAGCUAUGAAUAUUGAUGUGAAUAAAUUUCAUCAUUAUGUGGCGGUUGAAAAGGAUAAAAUGAUUAAGGAACAAGGUUUCACAAACACUACUGAGAGACAACAUCUAAAUUCAUUGCAAUUAUUGAAUACCUUCAAAUUCAACACACCUUCUUAUAAAAGAUUCACAGCGUUCUAUAACACAAUCAAAAAUAUCGAUGAUACGUCUGUCAUUGUUACCAAGAAAUUCAAGUUUCUGCUGGAAGAAGUUAAACGAGAAGUUAAGGAACCAAAUGCUGAUGAAAUAACACCUGAAUAUCUUAGAGAUUUUGCUCCACAAAAUAAAGAAGAAUACCAAUAUGUUUUAGAAAAACAACUUCGCAGAGCCGCUGGCUUACAACCAGUGAAUGCAAGAUAUAAAUGCUCAGCUGAACUCUUGAACGUUUUAGAAUACCUUCAAGCAACUAAUAGCAUAUUGAAGGUUUCAGUCAAUGAAUUCAAAGAAGUAUUUGAGGCGUCGUUGUUCAUUCAAGAUGAUGAUCUAGCUAGUGCAGUAAGAAUUAUUGCCGGAAGAGCACUUUUUGCAUUAGGAAAAAUUGAUGAUUUGUCCUUAGAUAAACAUUAUAAUUUGAUUACAGCAUUAAUAGAAAAUGAUCAAUUAGGUGAUGCACAAGCGUUAAUAGAGCGCAAUCCGGUGGAAAGACCAAUGUGGUAUCAUCUAAGAGCCUCUCUUGCUAUCAAAUGUGGGAACAUGGAUGCUGCUGAAAAUUGGAUCGAAAAAACAAAAAAACUAUUCAAAGUUAAAUUUGUGCAGAGUGAUAUUUAUGUGUUGAUCAUCAAAAGAUAUGUGUUUGGAGAUAAUUUUGAAAGAGCUGACUAUUGGAGAAAAGAAUUUGAAGCAUGUAUUGAACAAAGAGGAUUCACAAGAGAUAAUUAUAAAUUGCCUUACUUUGUUGCACCUCCAAAGGAGAAGUGUGAAUAUUUAGACAAAUUCCAUCCAUUGGGUGGUAUUACUUAUUUAAUUAUCAUUGGGUUCUACAUUGCGUUAAAACCACUGAAUCAUAAAGUUCAAGAGAUGAUUGAAUUUUAUUUGAAACAACCAAACACUAAACCAAAAGAUUUAGAAAAUGUGAUUUUAAGUUUUAGAUAUGAAUUAUCAACAAAGAUUAAACCUCAUUUAGAGAAAUUGAAAAAUAGACAAGCGGAAAAAUACUUGUUAUCAUUCAUCGAACAAUUCCAAAAACAGCAUCCACUUGUAGCAUUGCAAGAAGAAUUCAAAGAUGAACUUUUGAACGAACUGGCUGAACUUGGUGGAUUCCAAACAAUCACUCACAUUAUUGAAACUACAAUUGAACAAAAGCAAAAACCAAAAGAUACCCAUUUCACCUCAUUACUCACAGCAUUACUGAAAAGAGACAAGGUUGAACAAGCUUUCAAGAUCUUGGAGGCAUUGGAAAGCUCACAUUUAAUUGUACAAAGUGAUCCUCAAAACAUAGAGUUAAGGCAGGAUCAAUUGCUUCCAUCUGUUAAUGCUCACCAUUAUGCUGCAUUCUUGAAAUACUAUAGUAAUAACCGUGAUUUUGAAGGGUUUAAUAGUGUUAUUGAGAGAUUCAAAGAGGUUCAUUUGGUUUAUAAUACUGUUUUUUUGAAUCAAAUUUUAACAACCUUGUGGAAAAAUGAUAAGAUUGAGGAAGCAUUUAAAUAUGUUGAUGAAAUUUUACUGGAGAACAUACAUCUACAAGAUCCAACUCCACCUGUUCAUGGAUAUCUAAGAUUAUACACUACUGUUUGGAAAUUGAUAAAGGUUCUAUCAUUUAUGAGUUUGAAACAAAAUGUUGAAGUUCCUAAUAUCAGAUAUGUUUUCAUGAAGAUGAUACAUGAUAAUGUUAUUCCAACAGAUAAUCUAUAUGAUACAAUCUUAUCAGUCUUUAUCAAUGAAAAAGAUUAUUAUGGUGCUAUUUGCGUUUUACAAUAUUUGGGUAAAGUUCAUAGAACAUUACCACAUAAAUACACCUGUGCAAAGAUUAAAAAACUCUGCAAGUUUGUCAAAUUUGAUAAUAAUGCAAGAAACGUUAUACCAGCUAUAGAUCCAAAUAAAAGAUUUGAAGUUGGUCAUCAAUUCCAGAGAUAUCAAGAAUCCUUUGAACAAAUUAAGCAAAAAACCAGUCGUAAAGUCUCACUAGAUCCAUUUGCACCACAAUCUGAAGGUAGAUCUCCUUUAAGUGGGCAUCCUAGAGACAUGGAAAGGUAUAAUGACCCAGCAGACCAAGCUUGGAAAAUAUUAUUAUAUCAAAUGAUGACAGUUGUUCGUUCCCAAUACCAUUUUGAUAACGAAGAAUUAAUAAGGACACAUGAUGAUUUUGGUUUGGACUAUGAGGCUGAUAGAAUUGUUAAGGAACAAGAAGAAAUACAGAAAGUCAAACAUGAGAGAUCAAGAAGGAAAAAGGAAUUGAAGGAACAGCAACACCUUAAAAUGCAGCAUAUGGCUAAUCUAAACCAAUAGAUUUGGAUAGAACACGUGUGACUAGCUGGAAUGAAGCUCAUUUCUUGUAUAUAACAUAGAGUUUUAUUAACAGUUGGGGACAUCAUAAUGGAAUCUGUACAUAUAUUUCGCGCCCGCGAUAGAUCUAUAUAGAAAUCCAAAUGACACAAAGAUAUAGACC